AAAAUGAAGGAGGGACGCAAGGGUGAAGGGAUAAUGAAGACGAAGAUGAACAUGUUGAUGGUGAUGGUGAUUACCAUAUUGAUACACAUUUUGGCUGUAGAUGGUAUGGUUUGCAGCUCUCAGUCUCCUUUUCUGUCUUCUUUUCGCUCUGCCUCAUCGUGCUGUUUUCUUUCCCCUCUUGCUCCUCUUCGUUUGCAUACUGCUGCACUCUCCACCUCCUGGUCUCGUCAAAGCAUGGCUCUUCAAGCAGAAAAUGCUUGCUUGAAGAGCCAAAGGAGACAGUCGAGCCAGACUCUCGCGACGUCCAUCUUCUCCCCGCGCAUUCAUUCUCAGUCACACGGAAGCAAGGACGUUGCCUUGAGAAACAGUUUGAACGUGGAGGGAGAAAGGCAGGAGAAGGAGGAAGAAAAGGAGGGCUCUUCUUUCUUUGAGAACUUCAAUCUGACAGAGCAAAGCAUGUCCAACUUGCGUAGCCGAGGGAUCGAAAAGGCAUCGAGAGUGCAAGAGCUUUGCUACGCUCCGAUCAGAGCAGGGGAGGACGUCAUAGCAGUAUCGCCAACAGGCACUGGGAAGACGCUUGCUUACGCCCUCCCCCUGCUUGACAGUAUCCUUGAGGAGCCUCCUGACACUUCGAAGAACCCCCGAGUCCUCGUCAUUGCUCCUUCACGAGAGCUGGCGAAUCAGAUCGAACGAGAGUUUCGCAAGACAGGAGGGAAAAACGUGUCGGUGGUGGCGGUGACAGGAGGAUCGAACAUGCAUCCUCAAGUUCAGAAGAUCAAGGAAGGAGUUGACGUGGUGGUCGGAACACCAGGAAGGAUCGUGGACCUUGUCUCCUCUCGCCAGCUCUCCUGCUCCUCCAUAGAAGUACUCGUUCUCGACGAGGCUGAUGUGCUGCUUCAGCAAGGGUUCGCCCCAGAGAUCGACUCGAUCCUAGAGAGCCUUCCCAGGUUCAGGAGGACGCAGAAGCUCAUGUUCGGAGCGACGCUUCCUCCCAAGCUCCUCAGGGUAGCACAGGACGUUUGUCGCAGGCCCGUGAUGAUCGACUCGAGCGGUCUGCACAGGAGCUUGGCGAAGGUGGCGAAGGAGGAAGAGGAGGAGACGAGCGGAAUCUCUCAUGUGGCUAUCCGAGCAGCAGCAGGCAGCAGGGCGGAAGUCAUCACUGACUUGCUCCUCACCUCAGGCCCUCGUCGUGCCAUCGUCUUUGCAAACACGAAGCUUGAGGCGGUUGAGCUGGCAAACGAGCUGACCAAGUCGAGCACGAGCACCAACGUGGACGUGCUGCACGGCGACCUCCCGCAGUUUCAGCGCAAUCGCGUGAUGCGCAUGCUGAGGGAGGGCGACGUCUCUGUCCUGGUCGCCACGGACGUGGCUUCUAGAGGCAUCGACGUGGCGGAUCUGGACCUGGUCGUGCAGUGUGGCGUCCCGCUGUCAGCGUCAGGGGCGAUGAGGAGGAAGACGAAGACGCUGGCGGAGGUGGUCAACACAGAAGUCUUCGUGCAUCGGAGCGGACGAACGGGAAGGAUGGGGAGGAGCGGCACUAGCGUCCUGCUGUGGGACCCGACCGCGGGGGAGGAGAAACUUGUGCAGGCGCUGGAGAGGAGUGCCAAGGUGAAGUUCGACUACCGAGAUGCUCCGGGCCCCGAGGAGAAGAUGUCUGCCAUGAGCCGCAGGACGAGGAGGAGGAUGGAAGAGGUGGACGAAGCAGUCGUGCGGCUGUUCAUGAAGGAGGCAGAAAGUCUUUAUGAGAGCUCAGGGCUCUCCGCGCUCGCUCGCGCUCUUGCCCUGGUCAACGGCGUGACUUCCCCCCCUUCACCAAGAUCCUUGCUGGACAAUCGAAGAGACUUCUUGACCGUCAAGGCAACUCCCAAGAAGAAUGCCGAUGGCUCAUCUCGCAAACUGCUGCCGUCUUCCGUGCUCAAGGUAGGACGAAGACAUCGAUUGUUUCACCAUCAUUGAUAGUCUGGAGCAUCAAAAUGUGGUGUGACAUCUAUUUUCAUUCCUCUUAUGCUGUUCUCUCUGCCUGAACUUGCCUGAUAUUCCCCUUCCACUUCUCCCCUCCCCUCCCCUCUUUCUUCACCUGCAGUAGACUUAUGCAAUCGUGCAUUCUAUUUAUGCGAUCGGAUUAAUUUCACUAAAGAACAUCAUCAUC